GAGGAGGAGGCGGUGGUGGAGGAGGCGCGCGGCCUGGAGGAGGAGGAUGGAGGAGCAGCCGAAGGAGGGCGAGGCCGAGGUCGCGGAGCACUGGUUCUCCAAGUGGGAGCGCCAGUGCUUGGACGAGGCCGAGCAGGACGAGCAGCUGCCCCCAGAGCUGCAGGAGGAGGCAGCCGCCGAGGCUGCAGGGCUCAAGAGCGAGCAGCAGAGGCUCUGGCACCUCUUCCAGAUCUCGGCCACCGCGGUGGCCCAGCUCUACAAAGAUUCUGGGUGCCAACAGCCAGGACUGUCUAUGUGGGACCCCUUCCAGAAUGCAGCCAUGGCCGUGACCAGCCUCUACAAAGAGAGUGGGGAUGCCCACCAACGAAGUUUUGACCUGGGAGUCCAGGUUGGCUACCAGCGUCGCAUCAAAGAUGUGCUGGAGUGGGUGAAGAAGGGCCGGAGCACCAUUCGCCGCGAAGACCUGAUUAGCUUCCUAUGUGGCAAAGUGCCCCCUGCCCCUCCCCCGCCACGCACCUCUAGGAUGCCCCCGAAGCCACCCUCUGGGGCCGCUAGCCAAGCUGUGGCAACCGAGUCCAGCUCUUCAGUUGACGUCGACCUGCAGCCUUUCCAUGAGGCCAUUGCCCUGCAUGGCCUCAAUGGCGCCAUGGCAAGCAUCAGCGUGCGAUCUGGCGCACCUGGUUCCCCGCCUCAAGACAGCGGUGUGGCCAGCAGUGGGCGACGAAAAAGUAGUUUCCUCGAGGAUGACCUGAACCCCUUUGGCUCCGAAGAACUAGCCCUCCGCCUGGACAGUGGGGGGAUCCGCAAGCGCACUUCGGCCCAGUUCGGUGAUGGCAUCACAGACUCCCCGUCCCACAAGCGCAACCGAAUGGUCUAAACUGCCUCGAUGGUCUCCAUCCACCAUAUUGCUUGAGAGCCAACUCGACCUUCAAUUGCUCGUGGGAGGAUCCUGGAGGCCAUCCUUCUUCUCUAAGUCAAACAAAGAUUUCUAUUAAGUUUACCAUAAAGAAACUUUAAAAGUAUUCCAGAAGAGGCCUCUCGUAUGACUCUGACUUUCCAAAAAUAUAAUUCUAUUAGAGUACAACAAAAAGUACCCAGUAGUUAGCAAGAUCAUUUAAAGCAAAAGUAUCCAGUCAGGGCGGGAGCCUGGUUUAUCUUGUUCACAGUUAUAUUCCUUAGCAUCUAGCUCAGUUGCUGGUGCUCAAUAAAUGUUUGUUG